UCGAACUGGUGUGGUGGGGUCGCUCAUUCAGUCAGUUCGGUCGGUUUCAGUUCCAUCGAGUUUUCAGUUUCGCGUUUUCAGUAGAGAAAAGCACUCGCUGCUGGGUGGACGUGGAUUUUCGUUCGUUCCUCUCUUAUUGCGUAUACCGGAAGAAGGUGUUUUAUAGAGUGGAGUUUCUGGAUGUGAAUGUGUGCAGCAACAGCAGCGCACCUAGGAAGAAGAGCUCUAUAUUCUCAUUCGCCACCCUCUGAGUUGGUUUGAUUUUCUUUCUUUUUCGGGAGAUUUUUCGUGUUUGUCUGACUCGGUCGAAGGUGUGUUACUUUUUGGUGAUUUCCUUUGUGUUUCGUGCGGGGUGUGUGCUCCUUCGGCGUGAAUCCUGAAGAAAAGCAGUUGUGUUUUCGGUGAUUGCUUCUGUUGCACGUUUUCAGGGACUCGUCGAUUCUUCUUCAUCUACUGUUCACGGAAAGAAGAAGUGCUUGGUGUAACAAGGAUUAGAGCAAGGGCAGCCCGACACAAGAUUUUGUGACGACCAAGAAAAGCAGUCGAAUAAGUGCUUGAAGGAUAAACGCAGCUGUAGGAAAGGAUCGUGAAAAGAGUGCCGCCGGUCGAAAGCUGAGUGAAAAUCUGAUUUUUCGCCUGUCGUAUUUGAACAUACACACACACACACGCGUCGUUAUUCCCGUCUAUACUAGUUUUGCGUGCAAAGGUGACCACCACCACUACCACCGCACCGCUAUAACCAUUUCUCCACCGUCGUCAUCAUAUCCCGCAGUGAAAACGAGUGGAAUCGUGCCCGCUGGGUUUUUGGGUGAUAGCUAAAUAAUUGAUUGAAAGUGAUUGGUCCCUAGGCGGACAGAAGGAAAACCGGGGAAAAAAAAGUUGAGUGUAAUUUCUCCGUGCGUGAAACGAGUGACCACAGGAGCAGCGGUGUCACAGCCCCAAGCGCGCUGUAGGUGCCAGAAAGCAUCGAAAAAGCAUCGGGCUGAAGUGGUGAAGGCGAAGAGGUGCUCCCAUAAAUAUUGAUACUACAGUGUGGUGUUUGGACGGUCAUGCUAUAAGGAUAUGGGACAGCAGGCAGUUUAUGAGCUUCUGUUUGUGUAUUGAUGUUGACGUAAUCAACGUGUCGUCUCGAAAGAAGAAGAAGAAACAGCGCUAGACGGCUCCCACGGGAAGAUGCCGUCAGGGAGUGUCCACCGGACAGCGAGGAUAACGAGGACCACCACCGACACCGUCGUCAACUCCACUGGCGUCGCUUCGCUAGAGACCUCGACCCGUCGGCAACGAAGAAGACGGUCCUGCUGUCCAGUCCAGCAAUGCCGGCAAGGGUUAGCGACGGCACUGCAAGCGACAGUGGUGGGGAGUGUUUUCCUAGUAUUGGUGGUGCUACAACUCCUGACGCCGCCGGUCACGGGUCAAUCCAAUCCGCCGCAAACAUGUCCUCAGGCGGGCGAAAUCAGCCCGUGUCAGUGUCAGGUGAAGAAGAAUGGCCUGGACAUCCUGUGCGAAGCGACCGACGUGCAGCACAUUACCAGGGCGAUGAGCGCGUUGAAAGGAAAGAAUCCCAUUAUCUUCUAUCUGAAGCUACGACAUAACAAUCUGCCUAAACUGCAGGGAUUUGUGUUCCUCUCGCUCGAUAUUCGACAUCUUACCAUCCACAAUAGCAGUUUGGCCGCCAUAGAGGAAACUUCGUUAAGCUCGUUGGGACGCGGUUUGACGCAGCUGGAUGUUUCCCAAAACCAGCUGUUAACGGUUCCAUCGAGCGCCCUGAAGAAUUUGCAUCACUUGCUGAUCCUGAACCUGAAUCACAAUCGAAUUUCGGUAAUCCACAACCGGGCGUUCGAGGGACUGGACACUUUGGAGAUUUUGACCAUCUACGAGAACAAGUUGACGUCUAUCGAGCCGGAUGCCUUCCGCGGAUUGGACAAAAAACUGAAACGUCUCAAUCUCGGUGGCAACGACCUGACGUCCGUCCCGCAAAAAGCCCUCUCCAAGUUGGACAUGCUUCGAAAGUUGGAGCUCCAGGAAAACCGUCUAAAAACCAUCAAGGAGGGUGACUUUGAAGGUCUUUCGAAUCUGGAUGCCCUCAUCCUGGCCCACAAUCAGCUCACCGAGGUACCGGCACGCGUUUUUAGUCAUUUGAUUCUGCUCAACUCGCUGGAACUGGAGGGAAAUUCCAUCUCCUACAUCGAUAAGGACGCCUUCGAGGGACUGGAAGAAAAUCUCCAGUACCUUCGCCUUGGCGAUAACAAUCUGCACCGCAUUCCGAGCGAAGCACUUCGACCGUUGCACCGUUUGCGGCAUUUGGAUCUCCGCUCGAACAACAUUUCCUCCAUUAACGAGGAUGCUUUCAUCGGAUUCGGUGAUUCGAUUACGUUCCUGAAUCUGCAGAAAAAUGACAUCAAAGUGCUGCCGGCGUUGGUGUUCGAGAACCUGAACUCGUUGGAGACGCUGAGUAUCCAAAACAACAAGCUGACGCGCAUACCGGAGGAAGUGAUGGAACCGAUCAUGGACUCGCUGCGUGUGGUCGACAUCAUGGAUAAUCCGUUGAUCUGCUCGUGCGAGCUGGCCUGGUUCCCGAACCUGCUGAGAGACUUAAAGAACCGCGACGACGAGAUGACCCAGAAGAAGCGCCCCAUGUGUACGAUGGCCAACGAGCACCGGGAGUACUACGUGCAGACUAUGCCGCUGGAGCGGAUGAACUGCGUCGGCAAAAAGUACCAAACGUCGUCGCUGAGCGGUAGCGGGGCUACCGGACUGCUGGCGGCCCCGGUGGCCACCAGCUUCGUCGUCGGGCUGGUGCGGGUGGUUUGCCGAGAUUACCGCCACUACCACUAGGAAGCGGGGUAGUAGCUAGCUACUGCUCUAUUUCCCUCCGUUCGCUAACCGGACGGAAGACGACUAGGAGGUAAGUGAAGGUGAUUUCCACUGACUGGGACGACGAUGCCGGAACGAUGAAAUACGAGAAGAACAACUACAGUGUGGCACAGCGAAGCGGAAAAUACAAAUGUUGCUUUAUUUUCUCGUGUGGGCUUUUGUUCGCUUUUGUGUUGGCGCUUUUGUUUCUGGGAGUUUUGAGACUGGAAUGAGGCGGGAGGGGGAGUGGGGGAAGGUGGCAGUCAAGGAUGGUCCCUCCACCCCGGGCGGAGGGAAGCGUGGUUCGAGACGAAAGUUGGCAAACUGUUCGAGUGGACUAGCUGACCUGUAUCAGGAGUGCGAGCGCAGCCAGAGUUUAGCAUAAUUACUAGAAUUAAACCCGGAACCGGAACAGAUAUAGGAUUACGGACGGUAAAAAAACAGAAGCAGGACAUUCAGGAAAAAGUCUCACGUGCGACUGAGAAAUCCGGAUCAGGUUAGAGCAAACACAGCAGAGAGAGAUAGAGAGCUAGAAAUAUAAAUCAACACUACCCAAGAGGCAAGAUGAAGCAUCACAUUACCAAAAAGUCUUUCAAUGGAAAUAAAAUGCACUGGAACAAUGUGCUUUUCA